AUGGCAGGAACGCACGGAGGCAGGAUCGAAGUGUGCGGGAAUGAGCAGUUCAAUCUCGGGAGGGAUCCAGAGCUCUGUCGUUACUCGUGGGCCGAUGACCUCACCAUUUCAAGGGAGCAUCUUCGCAUCCAUUGCAUUCUCUACGAACAAAACCCAAUCGCCAAGAUCGCACCGUUCGUCUAUGCAACUGAUAUCUCUUCAAAUGGCACUCACCUCAAGAAGAGUAACUCGGAGUACACAGCGCUCCAAGACGCAGGCAUCCUGAUGGGUACCAAGAGUACCUUCCUCUUAGAGGAAGGGGAUGAGCUUCGCAUCUCAGAAACCGUCACCCUGAUCUACUGCUCGAGGACGCCGGUAGAGCUUGUGAAGUUGACUGACAUCCAGGAGCGAGAGAGACAAACGUUUGCUUCGCGUUACCUCCUCACCGGUCGCUUGCUCGGCGAAGGUGGUAAUGGCAAAGUCCUUGUAGGCAUCAAUCAAGAGACACAGCGACAACUUGCGUGCAAGAUCGUUCGACUAGACAACAUGUAUGACACCUUGGCGUUGUCGAACUUACGUCUUCCUACCGGGAAGCGAGCGAAGCAUCCUAAGUCAGUGAAGCAGCAACUGCCGACCAGGGUCACCAAGUGUUUCCGCGAGUUUGACAUUCUCAAAGACCUCAGCCAUCCGAACAUCAUCACCAUCGAAAAAGUCUUUCGGAGUAACAAUACCAUCUACAUCUUCGAAGAGCUCGUCACAGGCGGCGACUUGUUCUCCUUCAUCGAGUACAAGGAGGGCCAAAUAGACAGUCUGCAGGCCGCGACUAUUAUCUACCAGAUCUUGAACGGAAUCAAGCACCUUCACGACCAAGACGUCGUACACCGAGAUCUAAAGCCGGACAACAUACUCAUGUCGUCUCUCGAGGACAGUGCUCGCGUCGUCAUCACCGACUUUGGCAGUGCUAGGUUUCUCCCAGGGAAGAGCAGCCAAAAUCCAGCGAAGGCCAACAAGUACCAACGGAUGUUCUCGCUCGUGGGUACCUUGGAGUACAUGGCGCCUGAGAUUCACAAGCGCAAUAGGGCCAUUCCAGCCGAGCACGGCUACUCAAGAUCUGUCGACAUGUGGUCCAUCGGCACGAUUGCAGCUACACUACUUACCGGAGACACAAUGUUCACUGAUCGCAGACACCCGGAGUACCACACGAAUCCUCAAGCUGUGAUCAUGGGUCUUGCAGCAAUCUGUGACCUAAGUCACCUGGACGAUCCGCAUCAUCCAUCGUGGGGCGGCGUCGGCGACCGACCGAAAGACUUUGUCAAGAAUCUGCUUAUACUCAAGGAACAGGACCGAAUGACAGCGUCGGAAGCUCUUGCGCAUGAUUGGUUCUCCUCCUACCACGAAGACCUUGAGGAAAUGUAUACGGACUCCAUUGUAGAUUGGGAACCUCGCAAAACGAGCCAUGAUCUGGUCGAGAUCAUUCCCAAGUCUAUGGUGAACAGUGUCGCUGCUGGCAUGGUCGGCGGAAGUCGGGUUCCAGCAACGACUUCACGCUACUUCGCUUUUCGCCAGCCUACAGACACGCUGCGGAAGCCUUCGUCCCAGCGCUGGCGUGCAAAUACCCCAUUGCCGUCCAUCAUGCAAGACCAUGAAGCAGCACAGUUCGCUAGUCAAUUGCAGGCUCCAUCAUACGACAACAGUGACCCAUUCGAUCAGAACGGACAGCGUCAAUCACUCUCGGUCACAAGCGCGACUGGAACAGGUAUGUAUCGUUCACGUGAAGAUGCAGAUGAUGACCACGAGGGUUCCGAAGCGAGCUUGAACGGUGUUACGAACGACUACUCACAGCAAGAACACUUCGAAUAUCUACCACCACCCCCAGAUCAUGAUUCCGUUCUGGUAAGCGAGACGCCCCUUGAGGUCUAUCAUCAACGACAAUGGGCUGGGGAUCAAGGUCACGAUUCGAUACUCGUAUAUGAGACGCCGCCUGAGUUCCUUCGUCAGCCUACCCACUCGUCGGACGACGACGUACCGGCCUACGAUGUGUGGGUUCAUGAUGACGCGCCGAGUGUGCGCAGUGCAACUCAUGUCAUGGGAAAGCGAAGGAAGCUCUCACACUACGCUUGA